AUGGCAUACAGUGUGUUUGUAUCUGAAAAAAAUAUGCCUGACGUGAUUUGCAAUGACAGUAAUGCAAAUUGCUAUCAUAAAGAAGAACAAGUUAAAUUCUUAUUGACGGAUGAGAAAGAAUGCAACUCAGUAUAUGAACACUAUAACGACACGUGUUCCAUUGAAUUAACCACUCAAAUAUACACGAGUUUUGAUAGAGGAAAGAAAUUGUCAAAAAAUGAUCAGAGAAAUAUUUUGUUCUGUGAACAGUGUACAGAACAUGGAUGUCUAUUUUCAAACUGUAAAAGUCAACUAAACACCAUGUAUUGUACUAAGAGUGUGUUAUCUACUGCCCACCCUUCAGUUUUGAAAACCAUUACACAAACUGUGAUACCAAAUGUUACUGAAAAAAGAGUCAGAUUAAGGAGGAUAACAUAUAACAAAUUAGUUAGCAUAUAUAAGAAGCAAACACUAUUACACGGAGCAAUCUUUUCCAGAACAACUCAAUCAAUUUCAAAAGACGAUACUAUAACAAGUAAGUGUUGA